ACUGCUUCUUACACUUUGUACCUUAGGUAGCUUGAGUCGGCCGAAAAUGGGGUAAGCAGUCUUGAUGCACAAGACGUACUUUCCUUCCUAAAAGAUUAAGCAUUUCUAUUGUUCUUUGGGAAUCCAACAGCGACAUCAUACCCAUUGUGUUCCUCCUGAGCUCUGGCUUCUUAAAUCUUUUUUCCUCGUUCACAUCACAAGUAUGUCGAGGGUACGUGAUAUGGUAUGGCCCUCACGGAUGGCAGAAGAAGAGUGGGCGGAGGUAUCACAAGAUAUUCCUGCCAAGGACGAACCGUUCAUUAACAAGUUCUUGUCCGGGCGUGAGGCUCUGAUUGCUCAAGAAAAGCAGCAACGAAGUGAUCAUGCAUUUCGUCAAUCACUCUCGCCGCUGGCUAAAGAAGCCUGUUCGAUCGUCGACCGCAUCCGACAAGAAGAACAGCGAACGAUAUGGACUUCAGAAUUCGAGGAUAUACUAGCACAGAAAGCUGGAGCAAAUGUAUACCCAGGCAUGAUGUUCAGCUUCGCAAAGGAAAGAAUGGAGAAGACCAAAUUAUGGCAGAUCAUCAGGAAGAUGCCAAAGGGAGCUCUGUUGCAUGCACAUAUGGAUGCCAUGGUGGAUUUCGACUACCUGUUCGAAGUCUUGUUGUCGGAGCCUGGCAUGCACAUACAUUGCAUGACCUCAUUGUCGACGCCAGCUGCGAGAGAGGGAGCUCCAAUCAAAUUCAGGUACUGCAAAUCUGAGCAAGGCAGCGGAGGCUCAAUAUGGAGCUCAGACUACAAGCCUGAUACUCCUAUUCUUCUGAGUAAAGCUGUCGAAUCAUUUCCCGAUGGUGGAAAGGCUGGUUUUCUAUCAUGGCUGAAAGAUCGCUGUACUAUAACCAACAUCGAAUCCAUUGAGCACCACCAUGGUGUCGACGCGGUAUGGAGAAAGUUUAGCUCAGUUUUCACCAUUCUCAACACAAUCAUCUUCUACGAACCGAUCUUCAGGAAGUUUAUGAGGCGGAUGAUGCAACAGCUUCUUGCUGAUGGAGUCAAAUGGGUUGAUUUAAGACUGGCAUUUACGUUCUUCUACUAUGCUGAAGGCCAAGAUACUCCAGAACCAUCUUAUGAGCGCAUGUUCAAGGUCUUUGGAGAAGAGAUUGAAAAGUUCAAGGCUUCUGAAGAGGGAAAGGAGUUCUGGGGUUGCCGUAUGAUCUGGACGGGUAUUCGUGUCCUUGAUACGAGAAAGAUCGUGGAGGAUAUGGAUCAAUGUAUUUUCAUCAAGCAGCUCUACCCAGAGCUGGUCUCUGGAUACGAUCUCGUUGGACAAGAAGAUGCCGGUCGACCACUUAAAGAUCUCUUACCAGAGCUCUUCUGGUUCAAGAAGCAAUGUGCUCAGGAAGGUAUCGACAUUCCAUUCUUCUUCCACGCCGGAGAGUGUCUGGGAGAUGGUUCAGACACGGACCAGAACCUCUUCGAUGCUGUCCUACUCGGGACACGAAGAAUUGGCCACGGUUUCUCGUUAUAUAAACACCCACUCCUUAUCGAUAUGGUAAAGGAGAAGAGAAUCCUCGUUGAGAGUUGCCCAAUCUCAAACGAAGUCCUUCGUCUUUGUGCUUCUGUUAUGUCACAUCCUCUGCCAGCACUUCUGGCUCGUGGCGUCUCUUGCUCGCUUUGCAACGAUGACCCAGCCAUUUUAGGUCAAGAUACAGCUGGAAUGACCCACGACUUCUGGCAAGCGCUCCAAGGCUGGGACAAUCUCGGCCUCGCAGGUCUCGCUUCUCUAGCAGAGAACAGUGUUCGCUGGGCAGCAUUCGAGGAUCAAAACGCCGCAGAGUGGCUCGAAGGCGUCAAGCAAGCGACCUUGGGAAAUGGGGUUCGAGCUGAGAGGAUGAAGCAAUGGUCUGUCGAAUGGGAGCAGUUCUGUCUUUGGAUUGUGACUGAACAUGGCGAUGAUGCUGAUAGCUUGAAGAAGUUGAUGGCGGAGACGAGUAUGGAUAUUCAGGACUAGAGUCUCAAGAGGAGACUGCAGCAUACCGGCGUUGUCUGAAGGGUGGCAUUACUUCUUCGAGUGACCUCAACGGUCAUGGCGUUACUGGAUGGUGGGGUUGCAUCACUACAGCGGGGAAAACGUGAAGCAUAGAUCUCAACAUCAGCAGUAUCAUUUAUAAGGAAUUGAUCAACAAGCAUUACACAC